UGCAUCGGCAGCCUGACACCGGAUCGCUCCAGUAUGGCGCACGCGUUGGUUCGGAGAAGCGGGAGCUGAGGAACCAUGCGGCGGAAAGAGGACGCACCUUCGAAAGCAGGAGACCGACUUAAAGCUGCAUCGUCGGCGGAGGUGUAUGCCUGCCGAGGGAGAACCCGCCGGAGCUGGACGCGCUUCAUGGAGAUCCGUAGGUGAUAAGGAGAACCUGCGCGCUGCGGGUCGCUCUCAGGCUUCCGCGGGGAUCUCCUCUACGUGGAACAUGGCGCGAGGGAUGAGAGGAGCUCACCUCCUCGCUGUGCUUUUUACCUUUUCGGUCACACUUUUCAGGGACGCAGAUGGACAAGGCGCUUCCAAUGACUUGAGAGGUUUUAGUUUGAAUCCCCCGUAUUUCAACCUGGCUGACGUUUCCAGCAUCUCUGCCACUGCGACCUGCGGUCAGGACGAGGCUGGGACACCGAGGAGGGAAUUAUACUGUAAGCUUGUCGGAGGACCCAACAACGGACCUCCUACUCAAAAUAUACAGGGUCAGUUCUGUGACUACUGCAACUCCCUUGACCCCCAAAAAGCCCACCCAGUGACCCACGCCGUCGACGGGACGGAGCGGUGGUGGCAGAGCCCCCCUCUCUCCAGGGGAGCGGGCUACAACGAGGUGAAUGUGACCCUGGACCUCGGGCAGCUCUUCCACGUGGCGUACGUCCUCCUCAAGUUUGCUAAUUCACCUCGACCUGACCUCUGGGUGCUGGAGCGCUCUGUGGACAACGGGAGAACAUUCAACCCCUGGCAGUAUUUCGCACAUUCCAAGCGUGAGUGUAUUGAAACAUUCGGGAAGCAGCCCAAUGCUCGUAUAGUACACGAUGACGACCAGCUCUGCACCACAGAGUACUCACGCAUCGUCCCUUUGGAGAACGGAGAGAUUGUGGUUUCUCUAAUAACCGGUCGGCCGGGGUCCAAAAACUUCACCUACUCGCCAGUGCUACAAGACUUCACGAAGGCCACCAACAUCCGCCUGCGCUUCCUCCGCACCAGCACCCUGUUGGGUCACCUGAUCUCCAAGGCCCAGAGAGACCCCACCGUCACACGCAGGUAUUACUACAGUAUCAAAGACAUCAGCAUCGGCGGGCGCUGUGUUUGUCAUGGCCAUGCACAGGUGUGUGCCCGGGGGCGUUACCAGGACAACCCCAACAGACUCCAGUGUGAGUGCCAACACAACACCUGCGGCGAGUCAUGCGACCGCUGCUGCCCAGGCUUCCACCAGCAGCCAUGGCGCGUCGCCGCUCCCGACACUCCGAACGAGUGUUAUCCUUGCCAGUGUUUCUCCCAUGCCUCUGACUGUUAUUACGACCCAGAGGUGGAAAAGAGGGGAGCAAGUUUAGACACCUUCGGAAGGUACGACGGAGGCGGAGUGUGCAUCAACUGUCAGCACAACACUGCUGGAGUGAACUGUGAGCGAUGCCUUGAAGGUUUCUACAGACCUUAUGGAAUCCCUCCCGAGUCUCCCGCUGGAUGCAUACCCUGUAGGUGUGAUGAAAGGACCACAGCCGGCUGUGAGAUGGAGUCAGGAAGGUGUAUCUGCAAGACACAAUUUGCUGGAGAAAACUGUGAUCGCUGUGCGGACGGAUUCCUUUACUACCCUCAGUGCAUUCGAUAUCCCGUGUACCCGACGACCACCCAAUCCCCCGCAGGACCUUUUGUGGAGCCCACCGCUUGUCCUCGCGGUUAUUUCGGCUCCCCCAGCUGUCGACCGUGUGUAUGUGACUACAGAGGCACGGCGGACAGGGUGUGCGAUGCCGCAGGCCGCUGCCUGUGCCGUCAGGGUGUGGAAGGGGAGCGAUGCGACCGCUGUCCAUCGGGACGCCACUCCUUCCCCGACUGCCGGGCGUGCGCCUGUGACGGGGCCGGCGGCGUGGCCGGCGGCGUUUGCGCUCCGAGUGGCCAGUGUGUUUGCCUUCCCAACUACACGGGCCGGGAGUGUGACCAAUGUGCACCGGGCCACUACGGAUACCCCGACUGUGCUGUGUGUCAGUGUUCACAGGGAGGCUCAUACGGCAGCGUUUGCAACCCGGUGUCGGGUCAGUGUCUGUGUCUCCCGGGGCUGGUGGGUCAGCAGUGUGACCGCUGCGCCUCUGGACUCAGCUUCCCCGGGUGCUCAGGGCCCAUCAACGUGUGUAACCCAGGAGGAACUGAGGUCAUUGAUCCUCAAUCGGGCGCGUGUCGCUGUGUAGCAACCACAGAGGGAACCCUUUGCGACAGCUGUAAACCUCUGUACUGGAAACUGGCCACAGACAACUCUGGUGGAUGUGUCGAGUGUCGCUGUGAGCUGAAGGGCACCCUGAGUGCCGUUGGAGAGUGUGAACAGAAAGGCGGCCAGUGUCACUGUAAGCCCAACGCAUGUGGGCAUGCAUGUGAAACCUGUAAGGACGGAUACUUCCUGUUGCAGAAAAAAGACUAUUUUGGUUGUCAAGGUUGUCAGUGUGAUCUGGGCGGUGCCAUCGACACGGCGUGCGAUGAGAUGUCCGGACAGUGUCGGUGUCAGAAGAACGUACUUGGCCUUAAAUGCACCGAUCCAGCACCGAGCUACUACUUCCCCACUCUUCACCAACUGAGGUUUGAGGUCGAGGACGGGACGACGCCGAAUGCCAGACCGGUGCGCUUUGGUUACAACCCCCAAGAGUUCCCAGAUUUCAGCUGGAGAGGUUACGCCGUAAUGUCCCCUGCACAGAGUGAAGUCAGAGUAACAGUGAACGUUGAGCGUAAAGACGAGAGGCAGCACUUGUUCCGCGUGGUUCUGCGUUUCACUAACCCGACCAGCGCCGGUGUGAGCGGUAGCAUCGCGGCUACCAAUAACAGAGGCGCUGCAGGGUCAGACCAGAGUACGGAAGUGAUAUUCCCAAGGAGUCCCUCCCCAUCUUUCCUCACCGUCCCCGGGGAGGGCUUCGCUGAGCCCUUCACGUUGACCCCGGGGACCUGGGUCGUUCACAUCAGGGCAGAGGGCGUUCUGCUGGACUAUUUAGUGCUGCUGCCACGGGAUUACUAUGAGGCACCUUUGCUGCAGGAGAAGAUCAGCCGGCCCUGCACAUACUUACCCACCGCAAACAAGGAUGCAAACUGCCUGUUGUAUAAGCAUGUGGACAUGGACCGCUUCAGCUCCGCACUGGCCUCACAAGGAAAACUCACCAGCCACGGCGGGCGCCGGAGGAGGCUGGCCCGCGUGCGCCGGCUCACCCCGGAUCACCCUCAGAUGGCCGCUCUGUACGGCAGACAGUCGCAGCUCCAGGUGGGUCUGCGCGUGCCGCGUCCCGGCCCGUACGCCCUCGUCCUGGAGUACCCCAGCGAGGUGGACGCCGUCCAGAAUGUCAACAUAGUCAUCAGGGACCCGUCAGGUGACCAGAUCCCAGCCAGGGCCAACAUUUACAGUUGUGCCCUCAGCUUCUUGUGCCGGAGCGUCGCAGUGGACGGCAGCGACCGGGUGGCCGCGUUCCAGCUCUCUCACAAGACGGAGAUACUUCUGCAGACUUCCACCGCGUCACUCCUUUUGUAUAAAGUUUACGCGGUUCCUGCAGAGGAGUUCUCCAUUGACUACGUAGACCCUAAAGUGCUGUGUGUCUCCACUGAUGGCCGCUUCACUGAGGACAGUCGGUACUGCGUUCUGCGGCAAUUCGACAAGCCGACCUCAGCCGAGAUUUUAGAUGCUGCCCGCGAUGGACAGCUGUCUCCAGCACCAGCCGUUUCUCGCCAAAGAGAAGAGGAUGAGGAUUGGAGAACGAGACGACAGAUCGGCGCGUUCACCGUCCCAGAGCCUCACAGUGAUGGGAUACUGCUCAAAUUCCCUCAGACGGAGAUCAGUUUCACCCCAGAGGUGCCUCUCCCGGGCACAUAUGUGGUUGUGGUCCAUUAUCACCAGCGUGAACAUACCUCCUUCCCCGUCGAGGUCCUGGUGGACGCAGAGCGGCAGUGGAAGGGUUGGAUGAACGCGUCGUUCUGCCCCGCCGUCUCAGGCUGCAGGGAGGUCGUGGUCGCUGACGGGCGCAUCGCCUUCCACUUUGACCACAGUUCUGGGCAGCGGCCCAGCGUCUCUCUCAUCGUGCCACACGAGAACACACUUAUUCUGGAUUAUGUCUUGUUGGUUCCCGAUAGCAGUUACACCCCAGAUCUCUUGAAAGAGAAGCUGCUGGAUAAAUCUGCAGAUUUCAUACAGCAGUGUAGAGGAGACGGGUUCUAUAUUGACCGGAGAACAUCUCCUCAGUUCUGCAGAGACUCCGCCCGCUCGCUGGUGGCGGCUUAUAACGGCGGAGCGCUGCCUUGCAACUGCGACGAGUCCGGCUCUACUGAGACCACUUGUGAGCCAGUCGGAGGACAGUGUCCCUGCAGGCGGCAUGUCAUCGGUCGACGGUGCACAAAGUGCACCACGGGAUACUACGGCUUCCCCCACUGCAGACCGUGCGAAUGUGGCCGUCGGCUCUGUGACGAGGUGACGGGACGCUGCAUCUGCCCCCCUCAGACAGUCAAACCCUCCUGCGACGUGUGCCAGGGUCAGACCUUCAGCUAUCACCCGUUGGCGGGCUGCGAGGGCUGUGCGUGCUCCCCGAGCGGCGUGGAAACCAACGCCGCGCUGGACUGUGACCUCGUCACCGGACAGUGCAGUUGCAAGCCGAGGGUUGGCGGCCGGCGGUGUGAUCGCUGUGCUGCAGGUUACUAUCGCUUCCCCGACUGUGUACCAUGCAACUGUAACCGGGGAGGCGUCACAAGUGACAUCUGUGACCCGGACACAGGAAGGUGUCUCUGCAAGAGGAACGUUGCCGGCGUCAAGUGUGAUGCCUGUCGGGAAGGUUCCUUCUUUUUUGACCGCUCCAACCGCCACGGCUGCACCGGGUGCUUCUGCUUCGGAGCGACUGACCGGUGUCAGAGCUCCAGCAAACGCAGGGGGAAGUUUGUUGAGAUGAAGGUCUGGCGCUUGGAACGCGCCGACCAGGAGGAGGUCCCGUCUGUGCUGAACACAGCCAGCGAGACAGUGGUGGCAGACGUCCAGGAGCUUCCUCCAACAGUUCAAACGCUGUACUGGGUUGCACCAUCACCCUACCUGGGGGACAGGGUUUCGUCUUAUGGUGGAUUCCUCACCUACCAGUCCAAGUCCUUUGGGAUCCCUAGUGAGGGGAUGACCCUCAUGGACAGGAGACCUGAUGUCGUGCUAACUGGACAAGAUAUGACUCUGAUCCACUUGGCACCGCAAAUCCCACAUCCUGACAAGCUGUAUCAGGGCAGAGUCCAGCUCUUGGAGGGAAACUGGCGUCAUGCUGUCACCAACAGGCCGGUGUCCAGAGAGGAGCUGAUGAUGGUCCUAGCCCGUCUGGUCGGCCUGAGAAUCCGAGCCUUGUACUUUACUCAGAGCCAGCGACUCAGCUUGGGAGAGGUGGGCCUGGAGGGCCUGAGCAACACGGGGACCGGUGGUCCCGGAAACGCUGUGGAAGAUUGUUCCUGUCCCCCUCAGAACACCGGAGACUCCUGUGAGAAAUGUGCUCCUGGUUACUACAGAGAUCGCAGUGGCCCUUUCCUGGGCCGCUGUGUGCCCUGUGAGUGCAACGGCCUGUCCGAUGAGUGCGAAGAGCGGACGGGGAGGUGCCUGGGCUGUCAGUACAACGCGGCCGGGGACCGGUGUGAACGCUGCAAAGAAGGUUACUAUGGAAACGCGGCUCAGAGGACGUGCAGAGUUUGCCCGUGCCCAUUCAGAUCGCCUUCAAACAGUUUUGCAAUAGGUUGUAAAGAAGUAUUCGGCGACUUUGAGUGUGUUUGCAGAGCGGGCUACACCGGAGACAAGUGUGAGAGUUGUGCUCCUGGUUACUAUGGUGACCCAUCGACACGAGGAGGAAGUUGUCGGCCGUGUAAAUGCAAUGGAAAUGGAAACUACUGUGAUCACAGGACUGGAGUUUGCAAGAACACACUGGAGCCAGAAGACACAAACACAGAAGGGCCCUGCCAAGAGUGCGAUAACUGUGCCCAGACGUUGCUAAAUGAUCUGGAGAAGCUGGAUGAUGAGCUGCGCAGGAUCAAGACUCAACUGGACAACGCCAGUGCCAGCGCCACAUCGCAGGACAGCCUGAAGAAGCUGGAGAAGGCUGUGGCAGACACCAAGAUGCUUGUGAACAGAUACAGCUCCGCCAUCAACGCCCAGAAGUCCAGAGCCAACCAGCUGGAAGAGGACGUCAGCAAUCUCACAGAUGACAUCAGCACCCUCAGAGAGAAGGCAGAUAAGAGUGCUGCUCAAGCGGACAAGGCUGUGGCAGAUGUUGCAAACACCCAGAAGAGAGCUAAAGUUCUGGACUCGGAGAUUGAAAAAAUGCUGGAGAAAAUCCAAGCUCUGCUGGACCAACUGAAGGACGCAGGAACAGGUGGCGAUGUGCUGCCCAAUGAAAACCUGGCUAGUCUGCUAGAAGAGGCUGAGCGCCUGGUAAAGGAGAUGAAGGACAGGAACUUCACCCCUCAGAAGACAGCUGCUGAGCAAGAAAGAGACAAGGCUGAGAAACUGCUCGACUUCAUCAAGGCUAAUGUUAGUAAGCAGUACGACCAGAACGAGGCUGCAGCAGAAAAGCUUCGGGGCCUUCUGAAGAAUUAUGAGGCCAAGGUGAAGGACCUGGAAAAGGCUCUAAAAGAGGCGGGGGACUUGCUGAAAAAAGCCAACACCCAGAAUGGGCUUAGUGCUCAGGCACUGGAAGAUCUGAAGAAACGUAUUAAAGGCUUAGAAAUGGAGCGGGACACCGUUAAGGACCAAAUGACCAUGGCAGAAAAGGAGCUGCAGAAAGCAGAAGAUUUGGCCGAAAUGCUAUCUGACAGCAAAACGGAAUAUGAACAGCUGGCAGCACAGAUGGAUGGUGCCAAGACUGACUUGACCAAGAAGGUGAAUGAGAUUACCAAGGCAGCUUCUAAGAAGGACCUUGUGGAGGCUGCAGAGGAACAUGCAAAGAACCUGGCAAAGCUGGCAAAGGAACUUGAGAAUGCUGUUGCAAACGCAAGUGGACAGACUGAGGUUCGGAACGCCAAAGACGCUAUUGACGCCUACAGGAACAUCACAGAUGCGAUUAAUGCUGCUGAGGCUGCAGCCAAAGAGGCCAAAAGUGCAUCAGACAGCGCCCUGAACAAUUUAAAAAAAGAACAGCUCACAGUAAGAGCGAAAGACCUGAAAGACACCAGCGAGGACCUACUGAAGGAUGCGCAGGAGGCAGAGACAGACCUCCAAGACUCUGCGGACGACAUUAACGACGUAAAGAACCGCCUGAACGACGCUGGGAAGAAGAAGACUGCUCUUGAGAAAGACCUGAAUUAUGCACAGAACCAACUAGAUAACAUCAACACAGAUGACAUCAGCGCCACCAUCAAUGAAGCCAAGAGGAAGGCAGCUUUAGCAAAUAACAGCGCUACCGUCACUAUGGACAGACUGAAUGCCAUCAAUGGGGAACUUAAGAAUAUCAAAGCCACUCCUGUCGACUCCAACCUGAACAAUGUGCUGAAUGACGUGGACGAGACGGUGAAGAACUUGCUGAAAACCAUCCCGUCUUUGGAUGCUAAGCUAUCAGAGAUGGAGAACCUGACAUCGGAGUUCCCCCCAAUGAGCAACAUAUCCGAGAACAUCAAGAAGAUAAAGGACCUCAUCGAACAAGCCCGGGACGCCGCCAACAGGAUUGGGAUCCCCAUGAUGUUUAAGGGCAACAGCCACGUGGAGCUGCGUGCACCAAAGAACCUGGAGGAUCUGAAGGCCUACACGGGCCUGUCCCUGUCGCUGCAGAGGCCGCAGGGCCGGGGUGACGGAAGACGUCGACGCAGACAGGCCAACAACGGGGACAUGUUUGUGUUGUACCUUGGCAAUAGAGACUCUUCUAAGAACUACAUUGGCAUGGUCCUGAGGAACGAAGUGCUGUUCGGUGUGUACAAGCUCAACGGAGUGGAGUACGAGAUGGAAACGGGUGUCAUCACCAAGUCCGUAUCUGUGCCGGCCAAGUUCGAUCAGGUGGACCUACGCAGGAUUUACCAAGAUGCAAAAAUGACCCUCGCCAAAUUUUCCAACUCGAAACUAAGUUUUGCGCCAAUUACCGCCGAAAGGCAAGGAGUGGAGAACAAGAACCUCCUGGACCUCAGUCCCAGUGAUGUGGUUUUCUAUGUCGGAGGCUACCCAGACAGCUUCACUCCGCCAGCGUCUCUCAAGUACCCCAAGUACGAGGGCUGCAUUGAGUUCUCUUCUGUCAAUGACAAGGUCAUCAGCCUCUACAACUUCCAAAAGGCAGUGGGGAUUAAUCCGGAGCCUCCAUGCAAGAGAUACGUACCUCCAACGGAUUCUGAAUUCUAUCAAGGCACUGGAUAUGGAAAGGUUUUAAUAGACGGAACCAUUCCGGCCCUUAUCAUCAAUAUGUUCAUCUCUUCUCGUUCGUCAAACGGUCUGCUGUUAUUCAUCCAAAGUGAGGACAAUUACAUCACCGUGACGAUUGAGAAGGGCAUCGUUUUCAUUCGUAGCAAUUUGCUAGAAACUCCAGCUACAAAUAACCUCGAAACAUUCCCGACGAGUGACUAUGAACAACUCAACAUCAUCUUUUUAAGAAGCAACGACAUCAUUGUGCGCAUUUCCAAUACUGACCUGGCCAAAGCCAAUGUUGCGUACAACUUUGGUGAAUUUAAGGAAUGGUACAUUGGCGGUGCCCCGCGGGACGUGAGGGAGAGGUAUAAUAUCACCAUGCAGCCAUUUAAAGGAUGUGUAAAGAAUUUGAAGCAGAAUAGCGCCGUCAUAUCCGUGUCCGAGCCAGUGGGCAUCAGCAAGGGUUGUCCCAAGGAUUCCUUGGUUGUUCGUAAAGCAGAUUUCAGUUUGGGGAGCUCCCUGUCAGGUGACCUCACAGGCUUUAGUCUGGCCAAUGACGUCGCUGUCUCCCUCGGAUUCAAGAGCACACAGAAUGAGGGUAUUAUUCUGCAGGACAAACAGACGGCUAACGGGAUACAACUAGCGUUGGAAAGUGGCUAUGUGACUCUCACUUUCAACGAGCAGACCUGGAAAUCAAGCAAACAGUAUCAGGAUGGCCAGUGGCAUUAUUUGACCGCAACCAGAAGAAAUGGAAGGGUGGAUCUGCUCAUUGACGAUGAAGACGCGGGUCAGAUGCAGAGCGGCAGCAGCUCCGUACCUAACACCGGUGGCUCCAUGAUUCUGGGAAAAAACAAUUUCAAAGGCUGCGUUUCCAACCUCUACACGAGACGGCCGGCCCAGCUUUACCAGGCCGAGGACUUGAACAACUUCAAGGCUUCUGGAGACGUGCUGCUGGGCGUCUGUACCGCCGACACUGUAGCUCAGCUGAUGCUGGACCGCGGCUCCAUGAAGGAUGUUGGGAAGCAGCACAUUAACGAGACUAAACCAGCGUGUGCGUCACCCGCCACCAUUCAAAAAGCUUAUCGCAUGGGCGGCCCUGUCAGCAGCCUGAGCUACAGCCUUCCACUACAGCUCAGGCCGCACUUUUCACUGGAUGUCCGCACCCGGGCUUCCGAAGGUUUACUGUUCUUUGCUGCUACCAGAGGAGGGCGCUCUCAUCUGGCUUUAUACAUAUCCAAGGGCAGGAUCCGACUGUCUGUGGCUAAGGAGAAGGAGAUCUUCAACAGGGAGAAGUACAAUGAUGGAAAGUGGCACUCGGUCAUUUUCAGUUUGGAGAAGAAGAAAUUUCGAUUGGUUGUAGAUGGCAUCAGAGCCCAGGAUGGUCAGCUGACCAAUGCAGAGUGGACGUCCAUGCAGCACUUUGUGUCACCUGUGUACCUGGGCAGUGCCCCAGAGUCCCUCCACAGAGAGCUGAAGUCGAAGGCCCUUCCGAGGCAAAGUGUGUCCGGCUGCAUCCGGAAUUUUGGAAAGGAUGGUGCACCAAUGGCGAAUCCAACCACAAACUACGGUGCCGGCCCCUGCUUUGAAGGACAGACGCAAAGAGGGGCUUAUUUUGCAGGAAAUGGAUCAUAUGUCAUCUUGAACGACUCCUUUAUUCUGGGCUCUAACUUUGAGCUGCUGUUUAACAUUCGUCCGCGCAGCCCGACUGGGCUCCUGCUGCAUGUUGGGAAUUCCAUUUGGAACCCACGUGGACCUGCAAUGGGCCACUACCUCACUGUCUACAUGCUCCGAGGAGAGGUAGUGGCACAAGCAAACAAUGGCCAAGGAGAGUUCAAGGUGUCGGUGAAGCCAAAAGCUUCUUUAUGUGAUGAAACGUUUCAUAAGAUUUCAGUAAUCAAGCGGAAAAACGUCGUGCAACUGCACGUGGACACGAUGGACCAUUACAAGAUUGGACCACCUUCACCCGCCAUAACUUUGACCAAAGACUCAUUGUAUGUGGGUGGCAUUCCUGAGGUGUCAAUGCAGCAGAAGCUCCCCGUCACGUCGUCCUUCGUGGGAUGCAUCCAGGACAUGAGGAUCAACGGUGACUCGGUCUCUUUCGACAGGCCGCCCGGUGUGUUCGGCCCGGUCAACCUCAAAGAGUGUCCGGGCUGAACGUCUCACAGCACGACCCAUGGGACCACGUCCACCGCCAGCCAUGUGCAAUUUGUUCCCGAGACAGCGAAUGUGUUUGUGUGUAAGAAUGUGGAUUUUAUUAGGUGUGCAAUUCUGUGUGUGUGUGUGUGUGUGUGUGUGUGUAUAUAUAUCACAGGUUCAUAAUAUUUGCUGCUCGUUUUAAACAAUAUUUAUUUCGUAACAUGUAUCAGGGCACCACUUCACGUAUUCUAAGAGUUGUUUUUGUCUGAUGUGUUGGUCCAUUUAUUUUAUGUUAUUUUAUAGUCAGUGCUUCUGGAGGUGCUCGUCAUGUUUAUGGCUGCAGUGGCACCAACCCAGUACUUUAGAGAAACAAAUGAUGUGUUGGUGCUUUGAAUGUGGAGCACCAUUGUUAUUUUUCCUUUUUUUUGUUUGUUGGGAAGUUUAUUUCACAACAAUUUACGUUUACAACCUAGAUGCUCAUUUCUGUUCCCUCCAAAGGCCAGCAUAUAGGACUCAGCAUGGUGACGGUUAGUCAUAGGGUCUUUACACAGGACACAACAUGGCAUGGUGGUCCUCAUACUGUAUUCCUGUUCUUCUGAAUGAAUUCUCCAUGUUGCAUUCCUUUACCGUGCAUGGACUCCAAUAUAGAUGCCAUCAGCUUCUAACGAGUCUCACAAAUCAUAUUUGGGACCAUUUAGCUCAUGUUAUUAUACUAUUGACAGUAAUACAAUAAGAAAAAACAGUAAAGUCCCCAGCAAAUGUUUGCUCACCUGCUUUGUACAUUUGUUAAAAAAAAAACGUUUGGCAAAUGAAUAUGCAUGAUGAUUGGACACGAAUAUUUUUACAUGCAUUCCUGUUUUUUGACCGCUGAUUUGUAAGACAAUUUGUAGUUAAUGUUCUUUAUAAAAACUUCUCAGUGGCAUAAGUA